AUGGCGGCGUCCGAGGGGCUUCUCGGUUCCCUGGAACGGCUGGCCUGGCUCCUGUGGGAAACCGCCUGGGAAAGACCAUUCUACUUUUUCCUGACGUUCAUUCUUCCGCUCCUUGGACUCGCAAUAUUUGGUGUCUACAUCCUCCUUCACCUCAUCGCCCCUAAACCUAGACUGCCCCUGCCCUCCGAAAAGACAUACAUCACCACAAAUUCCGAUGGCAGUAUUAACACUCCGCGACCCCUCCCGUGCUGGUACGACCGCUGGCACGCCGAGGGCCUACUCAGCCAGGAGUACCCAACCAUUCCCCCGGGCUUCCCCGUUCCCGACCAGGCCGCAAUCGAACCGGCCGAGGUGGAAGUGAGCGUCGUGAUUCCGGCAUUCAACGAGGAAGCUCGUAUUGUCCCCGCCCUAGAAGAGAUGGUGGAAUACCUAGAUCAACAGUUUGGUCGGCCCAACAGCCAGUUCCUCCAGCCGGAAAGACAAGAGAGGUCCGCGCAGAAAGGGGGCAAGAAGGGCAAACGCGCUACGACACCGCAUCGCCUGGUCUUCAAGCCCGACUCCCCAACGUCCGCUUCCCGACCUGGCGCGCUACCGUCACCGCCGGCAGAACCAUCGGGGUACGAGAUUCUCAUCAUCGACGACGGCAGUCGCGACCGCACCGUCGAAGUGGCCCUGUCCUUCUCUCGCAAACACAAGCUGCACGACAUCUUGCGGGUGGUCAAGCUGGAAAGGAACCGUGGCAAGGGCGGUGCCGUCAUCCAUGGCCUGCGCCACGUGCGCGGCAAAUACGCCCUUUUCGCCGACGCCGACGGCGCCAGCCGGUUCAGCGACCUCGGUCGGCUGAUUGAGGGCUGCGAGGAUGUCGUGGACGGCUCGAACCGCGGCGUGGCGAUUGGGAGCCGAGCGCACCUCGUCGACAGUGAGGCCGUUGUCAAGCGCGCCGCAAUCCGCAACUUCCUCAUGCGCUCCUUCCACUUCGUCCUCAUGAUCCUCACGCCGCCCGCCACCUCUCGCAUCCGCGACACGCAGUGCGGAUUCAAGCUCUUCUCGCGCGCCGCGCUGCCGCACAUUGUGCCCUACAUGCACAUGGAGGGCUGGAUCUUCGACAUUGAGAUGCUGAUGCUGGCCGAGUCGGCGCCCGCCACGCCCGUGCUGGCCAGCGACGGCUCCGUCAUUGGUACCAGCUACGGCAUCAAGGUGGCCGAGGUGCCCGUCGGCUGGCGCGAGGUCGACGGCAGCAAGAUGAGCCUGGUGCAGGACAGUUUCAGGAUGGCCAUCGGGCUAGCGGUGCUGAGGGCCAGCUGGAUGUUUGGGGUGUAUCGGCGGCGGUUAACAUGA